AUGUGGCAUGCACCUGGAAAAUUACACGAAGCUUCUCUGCGCUGCAUGAGCCGCUUAAUGCAAUGCAUAUUGCUGGUGCCGCCACGCCCUCAUGUGCUGCUAAAGCUGCUCUACUCAAUUGGUUUGUUAAUUUAUCUGGCCUUUGUCUUGCGUUGGCGAUUUAGCUUCAACUACGGAGUUGUUUACGAUCGAAAUGAUAAGUUCUCACGUGUCGUCGACCUAUUGAACUUUGUGACAUUGACCAUCGCACACUGGAUAGUCGCAAUGGAAUUGAUCUGGAGAAAUCGCAGCGACGAGAUUGAGCAGCAGCUGGAACGAAUGCGGUACAUUCUGAGAGUCCAGUUCGGGCAUAAGGUAAACCUGGUCCGCUUGUGUCGCUAUUGCAAUACCAUCUACUGUCUAUUGCUAAUCUGCUGUCUGACCCUAUUUCUGCUGACUAUAUACAAUCACGUGGUCACGGAUACGGCGCUGUUGCUUUUCUACGCAAUUUACUCGGAGAUGGCGCUGCUAAUGCGGCUCAGCAAUUUUACGUUGUAUGCGGCACUGAUAUUGGUCUUCUAUGUGGAGCUGCGUGAGGUCAGUUUCAGGCUAAUCUUGGAGCUGGAUAAGACACGCUUUGAAGUGGGGUCUCUGCGGCGUUUAUCGCUGGAGCGUUUGGCCAUGGUGCAACAUCUGCACGGGCUGCUGUGGAAAACAGUGCGCUCCAUUGAACGAAACUUUGAGCUGAGCUUGGUGAUUGUGAUGCUAAAGUACUUUGUGGAUACCUCCGUGUUGCCCUAUUGGAUACUUGUCAAUAGGCACAACCAUAUAAAUAUUUCCACUACAUACUACUGCGCAACUGAGGAACUUUGCAAGCUUAUGGGCAUUUUUGUUGCCAGCCUCAUCUGUACUCGAUGCGCACUGCUGCAGCGUCAGCUUCGAUCCAUAUUCCAUGGCUUGGCCACAGAUCGUCAAAAUGCGCAGCUAAAUGCUGCUUUAUACCGUAUGUCCGGGCAGCUGGGUCAGGAGAGAUUUGAAUUUAGUGCGGGUGGCUUGAUGGUUAUCAAUAAUGAGACACUGGGAAAGUUUAUUUUUGGCAUGGUUACCUAUAUAAUAAUUUGUUUACAAUUUCGCUUGACUAUGAUAGGCAAAAGCCCUACGGAAGCCGUUGAGAAUUUCGUAACUGAUGCGCAGCUCCCAUAA